AUGUCUCAAUCUGAUGCAGUGGUGUGUUGCAGAACCUACUUUAAAGUUAAUCCGGAGAGAAAACCUUAGACAGACAAAUUAUUUUCAAUAAAAAAAAAAAAAAAAAAAAAAUGCAGAAAUACGAGAAACUGGAGAAGAUCGGCGAAGGUACCUACGGAACAGUCUUCAAAGCCAAAAACAGAGAAACCCAUGAAAUUGUAGCCCUCAAAAGAGUACGUCUAGACGAUGACGAUGAGGGAGUACCAAGCUCUGCACUACGAGAAAUCUGUCUUUUGAAAGAACUAAAACAUAAAAAUAUAGUGAGGUUGCAUGAUGUACUCCACAGUGAUAAGAAGUUAACCUUAGUGUUUGAAUACUGUGAUCAGGAUUUGAAGAAAUAUUUUGAUAGCUGCAAUGGGGACCUAGACCCUGAAAUAGUAAAGUCCUUCAUGUACCAGUUGCUAAAAGGUUUGGCUUUUUGCCAUAGCCGGAAUGUGCUGCAUAGAGACCUCAAGCCUCAGAAUCUUCUUAUUAACAGGAAUGGCGAGCUCAAACUAGCGGAUUUUGGAUUAGCUCGUGCAUUUGGAAUACCUGUCAGAUGUUACUCAGCUGAGGUUGUCACAUUAUGGUACAGGCCUCCAGAUGUGCUGUUUGGUGCCAAGCUGUAUUCCACCUCAAUUGAUAUGUGGUCAGCGGGGUGUAUAUUUGCAGAGUUAGCUAAUGCUGGAAGGCCGUUGUUUCCAGGAAAUGAUGUGGACGAUCAGCUGAAGAGGAUUUUCAGAUUGUUGGGGACACCGACUGAGGAGCAGUGGCCCACCAUGACCAAACUUCCAGACUACAAGCCCUACCCCAUGUAUCCAGCAACAACCUCACUGGUGAAUGUUGUUCCAAAACUGAGUGCAACAGGACGGGAUCUGCUACAGAAUCUACUGAAGUGUAACCCAGUCCAGCGGAUCUCAGCAGAGGACGCCUUGCAGCACCCAUACUUCGCUGAUUUCUGUCCUCCAUAAACAAUUGCCAAACUCCAGUAACACAACUCAGUCUGACCUCCUGCAUCUAAUGCGCUUAAUUCCAGUUUUUAAUACAGGACCCAUCCAUCACUGGCAAACCUUCAAGGAACCAGGAGCAAAACCUGCUGGCUUCGACUGUCUUACACUGCCUGAAGCAACACAGUCUUGGUGGUGAACAUCUCAUUCUCUGUCUUGCUUUCUUUUUGACUCCAGCACAUGCACAUUUAAGACUUAAUUUACAGUCACGCAGAUACACACGUGGGCCCAUGCAUGCUGUAAAAAACAUGCUGGUACAAGAAGUUUUAACAAUAUGAUCUGUUUUGCUGUUUUGGACAGUUGGACAGUGCCCUCCUUUCAGACAAACUCCAUUACAAAUUUGCACUUUGCUUUUUUUUUUUUACUUUUGACUAGGAAUAAGAUAACAUUAUAAUGCUCACAGGGACUGUAUGAAAAUAAGUGGGACAUGUUUCUCAGUGUUGUGAUGAUUUUGGGUGAAAUUUGAAUUCCCAGAUUGCCAGAAUUAUUUAUUUUUUUUUAUAAUUAUUUUUUAGGUUAAAUAUUUUGACAUUAACAUGACCAGUUGCUGCGUAUAUCAGGCUUUAAAUCUCAUUCCCCCACAAUUUCCACAGAUGUCCUUCAUUAAGUAACCACUAGCCAUGUCUAUCUGGGGCUACAAUUUGAUAUACCUAAAGUGAGAAAGUACUGUACUGGCUUUUUUGGUGCAUCAUUCAUAUGAAAACCGUGUUCCCCUUUUAAUGAGUGGUGAAAUCCAGAAAUAAUCGUGAACUGAGAAAGGGGCCAAAAGCAGACCAGAGCUGCAGCUGAUGCAUUUGUUAUGUAUUGCCUGACUCGCAGUGACUGUGUUUAAAGAUAUUGUGAAAAGUAUCUGUCUGUCCAUUGCACAGGUAGCUCAUUUGAACUCUGCUGUUGUUUAAAGCUGUCAUGAUACUGACCACUUCUUGCACUUGUUGAAAUGUUAGAAAGGAUAGAUUUAAAUGUAUUGCUGUUAUUUAUUAACAAUGUUCUCCUGCUUAAAGGAAUAUUUACAAAAUGAGUACAAAAUGCAUUAUUUAGUAUUACACAUACUCUAGAACAGGGAUCCCCAACCCUGGUCCUGGAGAGCCCCUAUCCAGCAGGCUGUAUAGGUCUCUUUACAUCAUCAGUGGCUAAAGA